AUGGCGGCGCCACGACCAACACAUCCUCCAUUGUGCGAGACUGACCACGCAGCAUCCGACCCGCAACCCACGACCGUUCUCAAAGGCAAAGGACGAGCGUACGAUGAUGCUCGUGGUGCCUUCUCAAUACCUCCCGUCACUCCUACCUCCGCACGCAAGGCAUCCUUCCUGGGCGACUCGUCCGACAAGCAAAGCUGGAACUACGUCCUACGCUCCGGCUUCGCGGGCGGCAUCGCAGGUUGCAUCGCCAAAUCGGCCAUCGCCCCGCUCGACCGGGUCAAGAUCCUGUUCCAAGCGCAAAAUCCCGAAUUUGCCAAGUACUCCGGCAAGUGGCUGGGCGUCUUCCAUGCCGGCCGCGACAUCCUACGCUCCGACGGGCCAUCAGCGCUCUUUCAGGGUCACAGCGCGACCUUGAUGCGCAUCUUCCCCUACGCGGCCAUCAAGUACAUGGCGUACGACAAGUUGCACUUCUACCUCAUGCCGACCAAGGAGAGCGAGACGUCGGCGAGGUUGUUUCUGGCUGGAUCGGCGAGCGGUGUGCUGUCGGUGUUUUUGACCUAUCCGCUCGAGCUGAUUCGGGUGCGGUUGGCGUUCGAGACGAAGCGGAAGAAGCAAAAGGGUGGAUUGAGGCGGAUUAUCGGGAUGAUCUAUCGGGAGGGUGCGACAGAGGCGCCGUUCAGCAGCGAUGCGAGGAGAAGAGCGGCGAGGAUGGCACAACAAGCGGCACAGCAGGCGAAUCUCAGCACGUCGGCGACGCAGAGUGCCAUCGCGGCCGGAUCGGCGAGCUCCAUCGAAAGCGCAUUGCGAGCGACAGAUCCGAAUGUCCCCUCUUCGGCGGUUCCAGCGGGCAACAGAUUGCUCGCCAAGCAUCCCAUCCUCAAGUUCUACCGUGGAUUCAGCGUGACGGUGAUGGGUAUGAUCCCGUACGCGGGAACCAGCUUUCUCGUCUUCGGUCGAUGCAAGACGUUGCUUCAGGACCUCUUCCCGCCGUCCGAACCGUCAGCGGAUACACCAGGGAGCAGAAGGCAAUGGUACUGGCCCAGCAAGACGGUUGUUGACCUCUCAGCAGGCGCCCUGGCGGGAGCGCUGUCGCAGACGGCGGCCUAUCCGUUCGAAGUGAUCCGCAGGAGACAGCAGGUCGGUGGCAUUAUUCGACCAGGCGCCAUGCUGGGUAUGUGGGAGACUGCCGCGUGGAUCUACAAGACGAGCGGAUGGAGAGGCUUCUACGUGGGACUCAGUAUUGGGUUCUUGAAGGUGGUGCCCAUGACGAGUAUCUCAUUUGCCGUUUGGCUCGGGAUGAAGCGACAGAUGGGCAUAUGA